AUGGACGUCGGAACCCUGGGCCGGCUCCAGAUCGCCAACCCGGACGAGGACGCCCACCCGGCGUCGCCCUCGCCGCCGCCUGCGUCUGCGUCUGCACCCGCGCGACCAGAGCCUGCGCCCCAGCCAGACACGGCGGGCCGCCCGUCGUCGCCCUCGCAGGCCUCGACGACCAGCACCAUCACCGACCGCCCGAAACCGCCCGCUCCCCCCCACCUGCUGCCCGCGCCCCAGCCGCCCACGGGCUCGCUGGGCUUCAACGCAGACAGCUUCACGACGGCCUCGCCCGCGUCCUCGCUCGGCGACCAGCCCUCGCCCCUGGCCCAGGCCGACUCGGCCUCGUCGGCCUCGUCGCAGCCCCCGACCCGCCUCGCCCACCGCCAGUCGAUGCCCUUCGUGCCCCAGGCCCAGCAGCAGGCCUCGUACCCGCCCUACGCUGCGGGCCCCGUCGCACACCAGGCCCGCAUUGGCCCCGCGCCGCCGCCCAGCAUGGGCGCGCGGCCCAUGUCCACCCAGAUGUACAUGCACCCCAACCUGUCCUCGAGCUCCGCCGCGAAUCCCGGCACCUAUCGCUACAACGACAGCGUCGCCACCGACAUACGCCGGACCAGCAGCUCGAGGGUAGCUCCCAAGGGCAUGCCCAUGGGAAUGCCCUCGCGCGAGCCCAGCAGGAGCAGCAGGGGCUAUCCCCCGGAGAUGGCGGCAGGAAACGGGCCCUUUCCGCCGCGCCGGAGCUCGCGCCGCAUCCCCAUGGACGGUGCCCAUCCCUCGAGCGUGCCCGCGGCGAGCCAUCUGUCCACGUCGCCCUACGGCUUGGAAGGCGGUCCCCUUCCCAGCAGCGAGGAGUGGAAAGAGAAAGGAGCAGCCACAGGCGUGAGGCAGGAGAUGGACCAGAAUGGCAGGCCCGUCACGAGAGUUGUCAAGAAGGGCGUCAAAGACUUCAACUUCGGCAGGACACUAGGGGAGGGCUCCUACAGCACUGUGCUAGCGGCCACGGACCGCCAGACGCUGCGAGAGUAUGCCAUAAAAGUCCUCGACAAGCGCCACAUCAUCAAGGAGAAGAAGGUCAAAUACGUCAACAUCGAAAAAGACACGCUGAACCGCUUGACCGAGCACCCAGGCAUUGUCCGGCUCUACUACACCUUUCAAGACGAAACUUCGCUAUACUUUGUGCUCGACCUCGCAGCUGGUGGAGAGCUGCUUGGAUUCCUGAAGAAAAUGUCCACAUUCGACGUGGAAUGCACCAGGUUCUACGGCGCUCAAAUACUCGACGCAAUCGACUACAUGCACUCCCGGGGGGUGAUCCACCGCGACCUGAAGCCCGAAAACGUCUUACUUGACGACCAGAUGCAUGUCAAGAUCACAGAUUUCGGCACAGCCAAGAUACUCGACACGAAAAGAUCCAACGGCACCGGCUCGACUGGUGCUGAUCCGUUAGAGGGCAUGGACUCGGACCGAGCGCAGUCGUUCGUUGGAACCGCCGAAUACGUUUCACCAGAGUUGCUUACGGACAAGAACGCAUGCAAAGCGAGUGACUUGUGGGCAUUUGGAUGCAUAAUAUACCAGCUGCUGGCUGGUCGGCCACCCUUCAAGGCUGCUAAUGAAUACCAGACUUUCCAGAAGAUUGUGGGACUCGAGUAUACCUUUCCAGAUGGUUUCCCGCCACUGGCGAAAGAUUUGGUGGAAAGGCUGCUGGUCCUGGAUCCUGUCACGCGUCUUCCCAUUGAACACAUAAAAACUCAUGCCUUCUUUGACGGCAUAAAUUGGGGCAAAGGGCUGUGGAAACAGAAAGCCCCGCGACUAAAAGCCUAUGUUCCGCCCGCUCACGAACCCAUCAGGCUCAACGCAGGUCCUGCAGCACCUCCUGCGUCUUCCGCAAACAAUGUACGCGUGCCACCUAGGCUCAUCACCGAGCUGCCUCCACCGAGCCAGCUUGAUAUUGACUGGUCACCCGUACUCACAAAACGAGACGAGCGGAUAUUGAAGCUCGGAAACUUGUUCGUCACCCACCAUCCCGCAGGCCAUCCUGUGGGUGCGGAUGCCGCUGCCGCUCCCGAAACCCCCAAGAAGUUUUCGCGGUUCUUUGGCGGUAACACCGUCAAGAAGCGACAGAGAUUGGUCAUGAUUACUUCGAACGCCCGAGUGCUUAUGUGCGCUGCAGGCACUAAUGACAAGAAGCUGAAAGAGGAGGUGUCAAUAUUAGCACCCGGCUGCUCUUGGAGAAGCUUCCAGGACUCGAAAGGCUUGACUGCAUGGCUUGUUGAAACACGAGACAAGCAGUACGUUUUCGAAGAUCCAAAGAGCACUACGAGCGAUCCCAACGGCAGCAAAUAUUAUACGCAGGAGUGGCUCGACAGCAUAGAACAAGCACGAGACUACGCUAUAUCGCAGAGCAUGACCAAUUCCUACUCGGGCGACUCGACACUGAAUGAUCUGAACUCUGCUCUUUCAAGCCCUACUAGUACGUUAGGUGGUGACUCUGCCCUUGAGGGAGUCAACAUCCCAGCUACACGUAUGCUUCGCAGAGAGCAGGCAGACUCUGACUCGCUCAAGGGCAGGAAGAGAUUCAGCAAGCGCCACUCGAAAAAUGGACUCGCAAACUUCUAA